AUGUCAUACCAGUCACUCAUCGGGAAACCUGCGCCAGCUAUCACUCUGGACAACUACGAUGGGCAGUCGUUCACUUUCACGCCUGGCGAGAAGGAGGUCCCUACAGCCUUGUUCUUCUAUCCUGCUUCAGGCUCCUAUGGGUGCACAAAGCAAGCAUGUCAAUUUCGCGAUGCUAUUGCUGAGAAAGAUACCUUUGGACCUGGAAAAGUCCAGAUAAUAGGCAUCAGUCCGGAUCCUGUGGCCAAACAGAAGGCAUUCGUAGAGAAGGAAAAAUUAACGUAUCCUGUCCUCAGCGAUGUAAAGAAAGAAGUUUUCAAGGCCUAUGGAAUAGGCAAGGGGAUGCUGGGUAUGGUCGCUGUUGCCAGGGUCACAUUUAUCAUUGAUAAGAAAGGUAUUGUGAGAGAUGCGCUUGAUGCAACAAUGAACUAUGGCGCACACUCCAAGUUCGUGGAGAAGUGGCUUAACAGGUUGCAAACGGAGGAUGAGGCCAAAGCAGAGACGCCUACGACGCCGGCUACUGAGAAUUCUCCUGCUACAGCUACUACAACUGCAGAAGCACCUAAGCCGCAAUAA